CCCCGUUUUUACCGUUCACUCGCGUGGACGUUGUUGAUAAUUUUUAUUUACUUAUUUAUUUUAUUGUCUUAACAAUGAGCUUGACUAGCAUUAAACAAAAAGAAUUGAAAGGCAAGAAAAAUGUGCUGCCCAAAUUGCGUACAAUUUUGGCCAAUCCAUACAAGCAACACUGUCCUGUGCUACCGGAUGACGAAGUAACAGAAUUUAAAAACGUAUUGAAGAAGGCAAUAAGCAAUAGUAGUUAUCCACUUAAAGCAUUUCCUACUCAGACACACAUUCAUCUUGGGCUGGAGAGCUCUCUACGCGCCAUAAAUGGACGACGCUUCUCAUGUGUCUUUGUUUCGCUCAGCGUAAGGCCCUCUCAUCUCAUUCGUUUAAUAGCAACCAGUGCUGAGGUCAAGGUUCCAACGGCUCCCAUUUAUGCUCAGCCCAAAUUGGAGGAGCUGACCCAAGAACUGUUUGGUGUGCGAGCACUUACGUUAGUGCUGCCGGUAGACUUGUAUUCUAUUAGUCCUGAGUUGGCGAAUUGGGUGAACGCUCGUAACAGACCCGUGAAACAGCUUGUUAAUCAGCCAAAAUCUGUCAUGAAGAAGACGCCAAAAAAGGCGCCAACAAUACAAGAGUCUAAGAAAGGUCCAAUUGAGCAACAAGUUGCUGCCCCAAUGGAACAAAAAGAGUGGAGCGGCGAUUACAUAUCCUGUUUGAAUGGAAAAGUCCUUAAUCUCGAUCAAGGCGAUGCGCAGGCCGAAACGCAACAAUUAGGAGAAGCACUUAGCAGUAUGGCUAUGAAAGCUAAAUCAAAAACUGAAGUUACUGAAAAUAUCGAAAGAACACAAACCAUCGAAGCAUUUCCAACAACUGAGCUGAUGCAGGUAGACACAGAUGAGGAUGAAUUUCUGGCAGCAAGUGAGUUGAGUGACUAUAAACCUGUUACCGUGCAUCAGAUUCGUCCAAAUCCAAACAAAAAACCCAAAAAGAAACGCAACAAAAAUAAAACAAAAAUCUUAUCUGUAAAUAAAUAAAACCAACUGAUAGUUGGCAACGCGGCUCAAUCAGCUGUUGAAUUU